CUUAGAGUGAGCCUAGCGAGUCACUGGAAGUCGCUCUUCAGCUUAAUUAAGCACCCGUGCGGUGUUCAACUCGAGUACGCCGCUACAGCACAGCUGGCCAAGUCUCAGAACUCCGCCGGUUGUCAUUGUGCGGGGUAUGUCACACGUCGCCCCGCUGCUGGAAACGAUCCUCACACAACCAUACUUCGCGAGAGUCGCAAGAGGAAUAGAUGAUGGAAGAGUUCGAGGACCUCGACCCUCAUGGCGACAGCCCCACAUAAUGGGCAGACGAGGCGGAGGAGGCAGAGUCUGCUGACUCCCAUCUUGUGAUGAGGGUCGUGGCCACCACGAUGAUCCUGUGGGCGUGGGUCAUACCGUUCCUCAUGCUACUUCUUUAUCUUGCCGGGUCGGAACAUAAUCCGUAUCUCUUGUUGGGGAUUGUUGUGUUCGUACCUCUCCUUAUCGUUUGUUUCCUCUGCAUGCCAAUCAGGUGCGAACUUGAUCCCUCUGACAACUACACUGGCGGGUUCAUUGGCUUCACACUUCGAGAUGCCCAGUUCUCGUUUUCUAACUACACGGGCAAACUGCUCUCAUUCGCCAAGGCCGCCUCGAAGAAGAAUUUCCGACAUGCCUACGGCCAGUGGUUUGCCGACCAGUGCCAAGACGACGAGGAUGUGGGGGUGCAUGUCGGCGGGAACACAGAGAUGAUCUACGGCUGGCAGGCCUGCAAGGAGAGGCUGGAGACCCUGGGGGAGCGCAUCAAGGCUGGUAAGGUGCAGAGAGAGAGAGAGAGUGAGCUGCCCCUCUUGGUGAUGAACAACCUCACGUGGCCAGAGGCAGGACGGUUCGCGCUGGGCUUCUCCGCGAAGGACCACGCAUUCGUACGCCCCUACUUGGCGUCCGUCUUCGACUGCGGUCGAGGUCGCACCUGGACGGCGGACACGCUUCGGGCCGAGUUCCGGGCGCACUUCAGCAAACUGCAGGUGCUGGGCCACGACCCCGUGACGCGCAACCUGACAGACAUCACCAACCCCUCGCAGAGCAAGGCCGUCGUCACCCAGAUGUGCCUGAAGGUGCUUCACAAAAUCGCGUUCGGCAGGGCAAUCACCGACGCGGAUGCCAUAGAGCUCGCGGCGCUGCAGACCACACAACUUCUGCCAGCCGUCUGCCCCGCCAUGGUCGCCAGAUCAUUCUGGAUAUGGUCGAUUGUGGGUGGGCCCGCGCGGGACCAGUGCGCGAAGUGGAUCAAGAGAUACAAGGGCUUGAUUGAACAAAAAUGGCCCGAGCUGGACAGUGGGGACGACUAUCGGGUAGAUUUGCUCGCGUCAGCCUUCCUCGACGCCAUGACACAAGCUGGAGGGCGCUCUGUCCCUUUGGCCAUCGAUCUGACUCUUGGGUACAUUCUCAGCAAGAAUCGACCUGAAUGCUUGGAUGACGUGGACUUCCGGGAACCCGAAAGAAUCAAGCAAUUUCUAAUGGAGUGCAUGCGUUUCCACCCGCCCGUUACAGUGAUACCAACGUGGGUUCCGGACGAGAGGAAGAGCAAUGGGGAAUGGAAGCAUGAGCUAAUCUGUUUGAACCGUGCGUUCCCUAACCCAGACAUCUUCUCCGACCCAGACGAAUUCAAGCUCGACCGCGACCCAGCCUGCUCUAUGGCGUGGAGUAAUUUUGCUUACGUGGAUGGGAAGAAAGAAGAACCAGACUCGCAUGGAUGCCCGGGAAAACAACUCAGUAUUGGCAUGGCUGUUGUUUUCAUCAUGGAGUAUUGGUUCGCGGGCGAGUGGGAACCGCACACAGACGACAUCAAGUUCAAUUAUUACGGCACGAAGGGAUUCAAGUGCACCAAACAUCAGCCGGCGACCUCAUUCCGCCGCCAGGUGCCAGAAAGGGGCCAAUGAUCAUAGCAAUUCUGAUGCGCCUGGCCUUCCAUGUAGAGUAGAGAUCAAAGCAUUUCGAGGGGGCGGACGGGCUUGCGAUGGUUCUGCCACGGCAGCGUCUUGAACGCGUCGGUGAGUGCUCGCGCCCGCGUUCUCUUUGGGCAGCAUUUCAUAUGCUGCCCUUGCCACGAUCCUCGAAGACCCUUGCAUCCGCUGCGUGUGAUCAGUCUGCGCUCUUCUUCCGCCCAUCCUCGCUCUUGCCCCCCCCCGACCUCGAGAGCUUGCGCAGGACGCCUGCUCCCCAAACUUUGGCGCAGAAGUGGCAAAGCGGCGAGAA